AUGAUCUCAGAAGUCACAGAUAACAUCAUUCCUCUGAAGCAAAUACUCUCUACCUACUGUCUGCAUGUAUAUAAAGAACUUGGUGAAAGUAUAAAAAUUUUACAAUCGAAUCAGGAUGACCACAGUAAGAAAAAACGUUUCUUGGAGGUACUAGUGACUAUACGAGAAAAUUUUGUUCGCCUAUUUGUUUUGAGUAAAUGGGCAAAAAGUGCAGAUGAUAUUUAUAAGCUGAUCAAGUUAUUUGCACACUUGCGAAGGUUGAUAUUAGAGAUCGGAAAUGUUGCCCACGGAAUGAAGUUCAUGGGGUUAUCCUUAAUAGAUGCCAAACUGCCAAAUCCCGAUUUGCGAACAGCAAUUGAAGUUGUAUUGAAAGGACGGCCACAAUUGAAGACUUAUGGUUUUCUUCAGAGCAAGAAGCUAAGUUCCGUAUUGAUCUUGAGAACUAUCAAGGAGGUUAACGUCAUACUAGCGAGCCGAAUAUCAAUGGCAAAAGAGUUACCUUUUCUUUUACGGAACUACAAAGUUGCUAAUGGGAGAAUAACAUUUCACGUGAGCAACUUUUUUGAAACCAGUCUCAGUAUUGGGGAUGAGAACGAAAAUCAGUUAUAUAUGGUUUAUUUUCAUUUUAAUUUUGGUUCUUUGGAUAAUAAACUUAUGACAAUGACCACUCAUUUAGAUGAAGGUACCCAAAAUUUACUGUUCAAAAAAGCGAACAGGGCACUAAGGGUGGAUUUUGUUCCAGUGGAACAGACGAAUGAAGAUGAUUCAGAAACAAAGCUGCCCAGACAUAAAAGUCUCACGGAAUCGUUGCAGCGCCUAUGCAGACUACUAUGCAAAUUCUCCGUCGGCUACAAGCUCUAUCUACUUUAUCGGCAGCUGGUCACUUUGAAGGUGAAUAUUUGGAAGUCAGAUCUGAGUCCAGUUUACUAUCCUGAUAAAAACAAGAUCAUUUUAACGUAUUGGAACCAAAGAAAUCUACGAAAGCCAACAAUAGAGAUCAGCGUAAGCGACAAUGAUACCCUUUCUUUCGAAUGGUUUAAAGGAGGAAUUCUGCAAAAGGCUGAUGGUAUAAAGCUAGCAGACAAAGCAGGAACAAUUUCGAUGGAGAGCUUGUUGAUGCAAAUUACCUAUAAACAUGUGAAGCAAAUCAUUGAUCACAUUGUUCUACAGUUUGAUGAGCUACUCUUAGACAGAUCAAAAGUUAUUACCUACUACACAAAUGAUUCUAUUGUUUUCAGUUUAACACCUACGAAGUCCACGAUAUAUAGCAUCGACCCCCUCUCUGGUUUAGGGUAUUUUACAAAUCCAUCUUCAAACAAAAUGGUUGAAAUUGAGGACCUAAUUAACAUUGAUCCCCAAUCCACCACCAGAAACUUGCUGCGUAUCAAGUUAGAAACACAGCUUUACGAACUAUCAUAUACAAUGAAUUCCACUGGGUGGAUCAGUAAUGAUAUUGUCACCCUUUCAACAGCAGAAAUGAAACGUCUAUCUAUAAACACCAAAUUAUUCAACUUAAUGAAUUCUUCAUUCAAUGACAGCAGUCUUCUAUUGUAUAAGCUCAAGUUUUAUAGGAGGAAGCAAUGGCCUGGUGGUUGGUUUUUGAUUGUGGGAGUUAACGGGUUUUCUUCUAAAAUCCAGUGGUGGCUGUCCUAUAUUAAAUCUGUCAUGGGUCAGUGGUCAAUACAAUGGUUUGAAGAAAUCCAUGUUUCUGUUGCUGACUAUGACUAUUCUAUGUUGCUGGAUUUAAGCAAUAUGACAACAGAAAAACUGGUUUCUAAUUUACUUAUGGAAGAGUUGCGAAAUAAUUAUAACACCAAAGUUUUUGUUGUUGAUAAUAAAGAUCACGACAGAGUUCUGUUGUCCUUAUCAUCAGAGAUCAAGAAGCAUUUGCCUGCCAAAGGUCCUUUGUUAGUGUUGGACAAUCACUCUCUGACGGCAAUACCCUCAUGUGAGUCAACCAUCCUCAUCUCUUUAGAUGUGUCCACUCUAGACGUUCUGAAGCUAUUUGUUCUCGGAAAACUCACAGAUUUGCCUUCUCAUCGAAUGUUCGAUUCUUUAACUGAAAACUACAGAACCGCCAAUUUUGCUACAUUCUCUUCAAAGGAGAAUUGCCUAUUCUUCAGGACAUAUCAAGAGAUAAGUUUUCCCGUCCACUCUUCCUUAAUAUCUACAAAUUUAUUAGGAGAUUCUCUCCAUUUAAUUCACCAAUUCACCGAAAUGAUCAAUCUUUUGUCAUUGACGGAUCAGCAAGCUGCAAUCAAAGCUUUAGAUGUAACACUUUCGAAGGUGAAAUUUGAAGUUGGUAAUGAAAUUUAUGGAAAGGAACAUGUAUCAUUUUUAAGAGAGGGGGAUUCUGUAAGCCUUGUUCUUUCCAAAACUAGUCCACAUAGAUUUUGUUUGCCUCAGAUGGAAUCUAUGAUUCAAAACAGAACAAAGACAAUGCCACUUUCUACCAAGAUAAAUCAUUUGAUCAAUUAUAUGCAGGUUACAUUCUCUUUAGUUAACUUCGUGAACCACCUUGAGAAGGAUUUGUCUAGCGAGGUAGAAUCGCACCUACAAUGGACAAGAUUUAUGUACGAUAUCAAUUGGUUUUCGCUGAUUUACUGGUCUAAUGCUUUUCAAAAGCCUGGUAAAAAUCAAAAUUUGAAGCUAAAGAGAAAGGUUACGCUUAAUAUACAAAUCAAGAAUUGGACUGCUGUACCAACUUUAGUGAAAACUUUCAUCAACGUAAACAAAGAGGAUUUAGAUUCUGGAGGCCUUGAAUCUUUAGAGAAAAUUUUCAAAGGGGAGAAUGAUAAGUUUAAUUCCAAAGUUAAAAAUUGUGAGCUAAGAUUCUUGAAUGUUGGGAUUGCUUGUUCAAUCAACUUUGCGCAUCAUAUUUUACAGGAACUUCAUCACCAUAUCAUUUCGGAGCUGUCGCCCUCAAGUAUUAGAUAA